AUGUUGAAAUCAUUUACCCGUUCAUUUUCCUCCACUGCCUCAUCUCGUUUAAAACGAUCUCGAGUUGAAAAUCCAUCUCAACCAAGACAACUACUUAGAGUCAGUGCUCAAGGUAGGGAAUAUAUUACUUAUAAUCUUGCUGUUUCAAGAUACAAUAGUAGAGAACAAGAAAACACAACUACUUGGUAUAGAAUCGCUGCUUUUGAUGAAAAUCAGAUUAAUAAAUUAAAGCAAGUUUUAAGAGUCGGAAAUCUCAUGCACGUUGAUUGUAGUUUAAGUACCAGUACCAGAGAAUUACCAGAAGGGAAAACUAUCCAUGAAUUAAAUCUUGUUCAUAGAAAUUUCGAUGUUGUUCUUUUUGGGAAGAAGAAUGCUGAAGGUGAAGCUAAUAAUGAGGCCGAAGAUGAAGCUAAUCCUGACGCCUAA